UGUAAUUGAUUAAUUAUUAUUACAACCAGGUAGUAUCGUUUCCUCUGGAAGUUUUAACAAGACACUCGUGCACACGGACCCGUAUAUAGUAUUAUUCAACCACCAGCUUUUCUAAAGCAUUAUCAGUUUAAUUAUUUUGGUGUUUAGAUUAUGUUGAAUUCCUCUGAUCACACAAAUAUGAGAAAAUAUAUGCCACUAAUUAAGUAACAUACAAUCCAUAUAUUCAUGCACACGAUGGUGUUUAUCAAUAGGGUCGGCUCUGAGAUAAAACUCGAAAAGCACCCGGUUUAAGCGCUAAAUUUUGUAAGAAAAAAAAUUAUAUAGAAGUUUUAAGAUAUCAAUUUUUUUGGUGUAAUAAUUUAUGGCCAAAAAUAAUUUUUUUUUUUUGCUUUAGGCGUCUAAAUACACAUGACCAGACAUGUUUAUCAACACCCAAAGUUGGAGUCAUGACACAAUAUUUUGAUUCUUUUAAUAAAAGAUCUAAGUUGGCACCUCAACUAUCUUUUUUACAUAAAAGAGAGAUAAUAUUAGCUAUGAACCUACUUAAACAUGAAAUUAGCAAAUUAGGUAGAUGUGGAACUAAAUUUUAUAAUUAACUGAGAGAGACAUAAAAAGAAAGAACAUUAAGUAGGCUUUGAUUGAACAAAUCAACUUUGUCCCCUUCACGUGUCUUUUACAUUCACAAGUCUAAAUACUAUUUCAUUUGACCUAUCUGUCCCUAGUCUAUAUAUAUUCAACUUCAGCUUCUUUCUAGCUAAAGCUUCUCUCUAUUUUCAUCUUCAAUGGCUGCCUCCUACCACGUUCGAUCUUCUAGCUUACCAUCUCGGCUACACUCAAGUGGUCUCAGUCAUAUCCAACUCCUCCUCAAGAAGCUACCUACAGAUAAUAAUAAUAACAGCCUCUCACUUCUGUCACAGCUUUACCACUCCGUCUCUCAUCUCUUCAACGAAUCACCUUCUUCAUUACUACUCCCUCAUCACUCCUUCUUUACUCAUCUUCUUGAUCUAUCCCUUGUACACCUUGACUUGUGUUCCAAGCUAAGAGACAUCACUUGCCGCAUCAAGGACUCUCUCCGUGACCUCCGUUCUGCUUUCAGACGGAGGAGACACGGUGGAGAUUCCACCAUCCGCCGCCACGUUAUAUCCUUUAUCCGCUCCAGGAAAGCGGUUCACAAGGAUCUAGCUAAGCUACUCUUGUUGCUGAAACAUGCCGAUCACUCCUACUCAGGGCCAACUCAUCAUUUGAUCACACUGCUCCGACAAGUUUGUUCCCAGACAUGUCUUUCUUUUAGGACAGUCUUGCUGUCGUUAUCCACAUCAGUACCAAAGCCUAGGCCUUCUAAGUGGGCUUUAGUUACCAAACUGGUGAUCAAGAACGUUACUAAUACAGGUGCUCAAGUUCAGACAGGACACAGAAACGAGUACCAGUUGAUGGAUGAAGAACUACAAAGAUUCUGCACGGCGAAAGAGAUAAAGAAGGAAAGAAUCAAGUCACUGAACACAAGCUUAGAUAAAGUCGAUAUUGUAGCUGAAGAUCUGGAGGAGACGCUUGAAAGCUUGUACAGGCGUAUGAUCCAAGCUAGAGUCUCUCUUUUGAACAUAGUCUCUUUGAAUAUAUGAUUAGUUUUUAUUUUUAUUCACUGGAGUCCAUGUGUAUAUAUGUAUACAACUUCACUCAUAUUUUAAGACAAAACAUGUUACCUUCA